AUGGAGGCAAUCAACGCCGCAUUCAACGAAAUCGCUGCUGGCAAGCCAGAACUUAAGGAUCUUAAGAUCGAAUCCGUCAAGGAAGUUAAGGCUGACGGCGCAGCUGUUCUUGUUCUUACUGUUCCAUACAAGCAGAUCAAGGCUUUCCAGGCUGCUCAGGCCUCCUUCCUCCCAGACCUUGAGAAGAAGCUCAACGCUCAGAUCUGCAUUGUUGGCAAGCACCGUGCUUUUCCAAAGACACCAGAGCACGGCCGCCGCUUCAAGGCUAUCCGCAACUAUGGCCGUACACUCCGCUCCGUUAACGAUGCUCUCCUCGACGACCUUGUCUUCCCAACAGCUAUUGUUGGCAAGCGCAUCCACUACGAUGUCAAUGGCAAGCAAACAACAAGGGUUAUCCUCGAUAAGCACGAUGCUACACGUGUUGAGGAACGCCUUAAUGGCUUUGCUGCUGCUUACAACCGCUUAACUGGCCUCGUCACAGUUUUCGAAGUUUCUCAGCAGUAA